ACUCUAGAUCUAGAUCUAAUCUAGAUUCUAGAUCUAGAUCUAUGUCUUUUACACUUUUGGUUUGGUGCACCUGCUAAUUUUAUUUUUAUAAAUAGAUCUCUAGAUCUAGAAUCUAGAUCUAGAUCUAGAUUCCAGCAGUGCAGAGCGGAGGGCAGAGGCAGAAAAGUGUGGUGGUGACUCGACUUAAUGACAAUGGAGCACCUCGUUGGCAUGUUUGGGCCAGAUGAGCAGGAUGAUCAAAGCGAAGAAAUGGAUGAACUCCCUUCGGCUCUGCCUCCUGAGGAAGAGGAAGGAAAUAUUGAGUACAAACUUAAGCUGGUCAACCCAUCUGAAUUCCGCGUGGAGCAUCUUGUAACUCAGAUGAAGUGGCGGUUGGAGGAAGGUCAUGGAGAGGCUAUCUAUGAAAUUGGAGUGGAGGACAGUGGUUUUCUCGCAGGAUUGUCGGAUGAAGAGCUAGAUGCAUCCCUUUCAACUUUGCGCAAAAUGGCUGAUAGGCUUGGGGCCUCUCUGGAAAUCCUUCGUGAAAAAGUUAUUGAAGAUGACAUCGAUAGCAGCAUCACGCGCCGAGCGCUAGAAGUAUUGGUGCGCAAAGUGCCGGAUGAUCAACAGUUCAUCGACUUGAAGUUGGCAGUGCUGGGCAAUGUUGAUGUAGGAAAAAGCACUCUUCUUGGUGUUUUGACUCAAGGAGAACUUGACAAUGGAAGAGGUCGUGCUCGAUUGAAUCUGUUCCGUCACCUUCAUGAGAUCCAGUCUGGAAGGACUUCUAGUAUCAGUUAUGAGAUUCUUGGUUUUGAUGGCAGUGGACAGGUGGUUAACUACAGUGCCUGUCGCAGUGUGGAGGAGAUUUGUGAAAAGUCAAGCAAAUUGAUAACCUUGAUUGACCUUGCAGGUCAUCACAAGUACCUCAAAACCACAAUAUUUGGACUCACUGGCAACUGCCCAGAUUUUGCCAUGUUGGUCGUCAGUGCUAACAAUGGAAUAGUGGGAACUACCAAAGAACAUUUAGGUUAUGCACUGGCUUUGGAUGUACCGGUGUUCGUGGUGGUCACUAAAGUGGACAUGUGUCGACUAGCAGUCCUGGAACGCACACUGUCCCAGCUGGAGCAGAUUCUCAAAAGUCCUGGUGUCAAACGUGUGCCAAUCCGCAUAAAGAAUCCUGAUGAUGCAAUCACAGCUGCCAGCAAUUUGGAGUCCCGGCAGAUCACACCAAUCUUCACAGUGUCAUGUGUCACAGGAAAGGACCUUGACCUAGUGAAACAGUUCUUGAACAUACUGCCUCCAGUGACCCCUCAUUGUGAGCGGGAAAAGCUAGCUCAGGACAUGACGGAAUUCCAAAUAGAUGAACUCUUUUCCAUACCUGAUGUGGGCACCGUGGCUGGAGGUAUCAUUCAGAGAGGCUCAAUCAGGGAGGGGGAUCAACUGAUGCUUGGCCCAUCUGAUGAUGGCAGUUACCGCAAGGUCAAGGUCAAAACUGUGCACAGGAACAGACUACCAUGUCGGUUGAUACAGGCAGGACAGGCAGCAUGUGUGGCGCUACAAGAUAUAGAGCGGGAAGCUGUGCGGAAGGGCAUGGUGCUGGUGAGUCCACAGUCUCCUCUGUACAGUUGUCUGAGGUUCGAGGCAGAUGUGUACGUCCUCUUCCACAACAAAAGCAUCACUGUUGGCUUUCAGACAACAAUCCACAUUGGCACUGUGUGCCAGACUGCUGUUAUACGAGACAUUGACAGGCACCACAUCAGAACAAAUGAGAAAGCCAAGGUUACAUUUGAAUUCAAAUUCAAACCAGAACACUUGCGAGUUGGUUCUCGGCUUCUCUUCAGAGAUGGAAAGUCCAAAGGAAUGGGAGAAGUCACCAAAAUAAUUCCCUACGAUGAUGUCUACCGCUGAAGUACGUACAGCUGAAUCAUUUACCACUGAGCAGUCUACUGCUGACUAUUGUUGUGCCUCAAUCACUCCUUUACCUGCCAAUGUUAAAGAUAAUUCAACUGAGGAGGGGGGUUCAAAAUGUGUUUCUUCCAGGUCCCUUUUUAUUGGUUUUUUUUGGGGGGGGGGAGAGGUUUGAGGGAUGCUGAUUGUGUGUUCUAUUUUUGUCAUAGUUCUGACUUGCCAGAACCUACAGGUCAAGCAAGAAAUAAUUAUGAUUCUGUUGAGUGUCUCUCUAAGGAAAGAAAAAGGCUCAACUUAAACAAGUGAGACUUACUAGUACUAGUGAGUUCAUUACUUGAUGUUCUGUGGCCAGUGAUUAACGGGUUGUGCGCUAUAGUUUGCAGAAUAAAUGUCUCUGAUGAAACAGUUUAGAUUUUGUAAAAUCCUUGUAAUAAAAACCUUGUUAAAAAUGUUAUAAAGUCAGGGCAAAACUAUGUACAUUGUUAACAGUCGGUCUGCCACUGUCUUAUGGAAUGAUAACUGAAAUUUCCAACAAAUAGCAAAGA